AUGUAAAAAUUAACUCUUGAGAAACAAAUUAAUCUUUUGGAAAGGGACAUUUAAUAGAAAUAAAAUAAGAUUGAGGACUUGACAAAGUAGUUAUUAUUCCAUUUCUAGGGUUGUUGAUCAAUAAACAAACUUCGUUGAAUCGGCAAAAGCACAAAUUAAGAAUUUAUAGGACACUCAACAAAAGUUGUACUCCCAAUUAUUUGAUAUCAAACAAGAGAGAGACAACUUCAAAUGUGUUAAUCAAAUCAAGGAAUAACAAAUAAUGAGUUUAAAAGAAUAAGUGUUAGCAAAAAUUCACGUGGAAGAUGUAAUUUAUAUUAUGUAACAUAGACCUAACAAUUGAAACACGAACUUCAAGAUUAAUACAAUCAAAUACUAGAGUUAUAGGUUGAUCUCAAAGCAGCAAGGAAUCAAUUGGAGCACUCUGAAUUAGAGCGCCAAAACUUAUUGAAUGAAUUGAAAAUCAAGGCAGUUAGUUAGGUGGUCUAGAUUCAAAAUGAAUUCAACAUCGCUCCCUUACAAAAUUUUAAUCAGUAUCUAGAUAAAUUUGAAGAGGAAAGAAAAUAAUAUUUGAGACAAAUUCAUUAAUACUAGAUACGCGAAGACAAGAUAAGUAUGAAAGAGAUUUAAUAUUAGAAAAUGAAAAUAAGAAGAGAAUAGAUAGAUUAUAAGCCAUCAUUGACAAAAGUGAGGAGAAUAGUAAAAAUUAGAAGGAAGAAUUACUAAUUUUACAAAAGCAGAUGGAAAUGUAUAAAAAGCAGUCUUAGGCGGACAUCACUAAUUAAAGGAUCUAUGAAGAAUAGAAAUUAAAAAAUGAACUAGAAAUGAGAGCCAUUAUUGAAAAAAAGGAUAAAUUGAUAUCAGAUCAAAAAAAAGAAAUUUAAAAACUGCAUUAGCGUAUUGGUCAAUCUCCUUAGAUGAUUCUUUCAACCAUAAAUGAUAUGUUCAAUAUGAGUGUGGAUGAAUCAGUCGAUAUGAAAAUAGAAAAUAUAGAACUAAAAAAUACAAUAAAAUCACUUCAAGAUCAGAUUGUUUAAGAGCAAAAGGAAAAAUAGAAUAUUCAAGAAUACACUAAAAAGGAAUGCGCCACUGCUAUUUAGUUGAAAUAGGAAUAUUUAUAACAAAAAGCAUUUGCAGAAAGCUAGAAUUAAAAAUUGGUUUCUGAAAUUCAAGAAAAUAAGUAAUUAAAGGAUGACAUAUUUAAACUCGAAGCAUCGUUAGCAUAAUUAAAGAGAAAAGAUUAAAUAUAUAGAACUGAGAUAGAACGAUUAAGACAAGAUAAUCUGAACAAUUAAAAAUAAAUUUUUAUCUCUUAAAAGGAAGACAAUAAAUCAUCAGUUAAUCAAUCUACCCCAUAGAUCACGAUAAAUUAAGAUUUAAUUAAGAAUAAUAUCUAAUAGUUUGAGUAAUUGACAACAGAAAUUCGAAACUUAAAACAAACCCUAAAUAAAAAAGAAGAAGAAAUUAUCAAUUUAAAAUACAAAAUUGAUAAUCCUGAUUCAAAUACUGAAUUAGAGGAAUAGUAGAAGAAUUCAACAAUUACUAUUGCUAAGAAAAUUGAAAGUAAAGAAUUUUAUAUCUUAAUAUAGAAAUUUAAACUUAUUCUAAAAAACAAUCGAAGAUGUUGGCGGAUUUUAGAAAACUUAAAUUGGAAAGGAAUAAAUACGAAUUUACUAUUGAUGAGCAUUAAUAUGAAAUUAAAAAACUACAAAGUUAGAUUCAAUUAGAACAAAUCUAAAAAGAAUAGCUAAUGUAGACUAUUUAAAAAUACAAAGAGGAAUUCAGAAUCUUGGAAGAGUAAAAUAUGAAAGAAAAGUAAGAUUUUGGAAAAAAAAUAAAAUAAAUAUAACAAGAAACGGAAUAAAAAUUUGUUUCUCAAGAAUAAAUAGAUUAUUAAAAAAUGAAUUAAGAAUUACUGAAAUUGAAGGAAUAGGAUAAAAAAUUGGUGUAGGAAUUGAAGGAGAAAGUCAAAACUCUGAGCUAAGAUGCUUAAAAAUAUAGAGAAGAAAUACUUUAGAAAGAUCUUGAAAUCAAAAGACUCUAACUUGUUGAAACCAAGAGUGAAGAACAUCAAAACACUUUAUAAAUGAAAUUGUAAAUAGAAAAUGAUAAAAUCAUCAUCAAGUCAUUGAAUGAAAGAAUAUUUAACUUAAAUCAGGAAAUAGAGAAUAAAGAAAAAGAACUAUUGGCAUUUUAAUAGGAUAAAUUGGAUUGGGAAUCCUUAUAACAGUUUUCUAGACAAAUCGCCAACGAAAAUAGGUCUAAUUUGAAUAAUUAGGAAGAUAUCAAUGAUUUGAAGAAGAAUCUAAAAGGAUUAUAAAAAAAAAUAUCAGAACAAACAUAAUAAUACUAAUAAGCCAUAGCAGACUUCGGAAAGGAGUUUUAAUAGAUCAUUAUGCAGCAAAAUGAUGAGAUCAAACAAUUAGAAUAAGAAAAUUAAGAUUUAGCCAAAGCUUUGGAAUAAUACAAAUAACUAUAUUAAUAAGAAAGAAUGGAUAGACAAAAUAAAUCAGAUUUAACUUUAGCUGAAAUUGAGGAAAUAAAAAUUAGACUAGAUUAAGUCACUAAAGAAAGAGACUAACUCUUGUUAAAGAAGGAGAUAAUUGAAAAUAAAGAAUAUCAGAUUUUGAGAAAAGAGGAUGAAAUCAGAUCUUAGGAGAUGGAACUGUAAGAGGAGAAGAAGAAUUUUGAAAGUUAUAUUCAGAAGAGGAAAUUGGAAAUAACUGAUGAUAUUUUAAUAAAGAAAAAUAAAGAAUUAUCAAUAAUAGGAUGCGAUUACAUUUUAGGAAGGGAGUUGGAAAUUUAUAAAUAGAAAUUAAUAGAGGAAUAAGAGAAAGUAAACGAAUUAAUGCAAAGAUCAAUUCAAUAAAUGGAAGAUUAUCAAGAGGGAAAUUAGGAUUUAUAUGAGAAAAAAUAAAUGGAAAAUUAACUGAAUGAUUUAAAAAAGUAGAUUGAAGAAAUGAGAGCUGAGUAACUAAAACUUAGAAUGGAUUCGAAAGUAUAAGAUGAAGAGCAAUAUAAUUUUGAAGAAGAAAGAUAAUAAUAUUAAUAGUAAAUAAGAUAGUUGAUGCAUCUUAAAGAAAAUGUAACACUGGAGGAUAUUAAGUUAGUAAGAGAUAUAAUUUAAAGUGGAAAAUUAAUCUCUUAUUUAGAAAAGGCCAAAUAAAUUCAUGAACUUUAAACUUCAAUGUAAUCUUGA